UAAUUUAGCCAUUUGAACACAUCUAAAACCUGCAGGACACCGGCACUCGAGGUCUGGAGUUGCCUACCCCUGUAGACGUAUCCACUAUACUACCACAAAAUGCUUACAUGUAGCAUUCCUAUGGGGUUAUGCUUUGUUUCAGCUAUAAACAUUUUAUGAGUAUAUACAAAUUUUAUGGAGGCAUGUAAAUGAAUUUAUAAUUAGAAUUUAUCUAAGUAAUGAUGCGAUACAAAUUUUCACAGUGACAAAAAAACUGAUAUUUCUCUGUAAAACACAUGCACAUAUUAUAGUACAGUUUCUGAAUCAGAACUGUAGAUUAUUUAAUUAUGGACAUACAGAAAGAGAAACGUUUGUAAGUGCUAUUUCAAAAGAACACAGUUUUAAAGGAAGUACUGUACAAAGUCUUAAAUCUUAAAGUUACUAACAAUUACUUAAAAUUACAUGUAUAUUUCUUUACACACCAGAAUUGUUAGUUUUUUUAUUUUCUAAUGAGGUUUUUUUUUUUUUUUUUUUUUACAUUCGGUUUAGUUUUCAGUUAGUGGAUUUGUUCAUUUCAGUUUGGUUUUUAUUAUUUGCAAACGUUUAGUUUAUUUUUAGUUUCAUUUUUAGUUUCUGUGACAAAUACUGAUAUUUCUCUGCAAAACACAUGUACCUAUUACUAUACCGAUACUGAGUCAAAACUGUAGUUGAUUUAUUUGUGGACCUUUAGAAAGAGUUUUGUUUUUUAAAACAACACAUUUUUAAAGGAAACACUUUACACUCUCCUUUUUAAUAUAGACGCCGACACUUGUAUAAACAGUCAACAAAAAGUCACUAGGCCACAAAUAUAGAUGAACAACAAAUUAUGGCGCUUCAUUGGUCACACAAUGAGGUUUCAUAAUUUAAACUAAUUUAAAUAAUAUAAUAAGAGGUUUAAUCUUGUUGCAGAUUGAGUUUCUUAAACUCUGGACGUUAUGAUUGACCUGCUAAACUAUAAGUUUGGAGCACACAUCACUUGGCACUCCACCAGGGUAUCCCCGGCUAAGUUUAUUUUCACCGGUCACCUUUCAUCUAGAAACGUGUGGAUACAACUGUACAGCAACAAUGGUUGACUUGAAGGUGCUUUAGUAGUUAAUGUAGCAGAGAAAAAAAGAGCCCUGAGAAACAAAGUAUUCAGUCUGAACUAGUAUGGAUGUUGAUGACUGCAAUGGACGGUCUUACAUAUCAGCAGGUAGUGGAGACUCUUCAUUGGAAAGAGAGUUUUCUGGAGCUCUUGGAGGUCCAACAGUGAGCACUCCAAACAGCAAGGAAAACUCUCCUAGUCGCUCCCUCAGUGCCAACUCCAUUAAAGUGGAGCUGUAUAGUGAUGAAGAUCCAGGUCGCAGUACUGAAGAUGAGCGAGGAGAACGGGUAGAGGAAGGAGGUCCAGAGCAAGGUUCUGAGGCUGUCACAAGCUAUAGAGAGCUCACCAAUUCUGAAACCAUGCCAAGUGGAGCCACCAGACUGCCAAAUGGAAAGCUCAAGUGUGACAUCUGUGGAAUGAUCUGCAUUGGGCCUAAUGUGCUUAUGGUGCACAAACGCAGCCACACAGGUGAGCGACCAUUUCAGUGUAAUCAGUGUGGCGCGUCCUUCACUCAAAAGGGAAACCUACUCCGCCACAUCAAGCUGCACUCAGGGGAGAAGCCCUUUAAAUGUCCCUUCUGCAGCUAUGCCUGUCGAAGACGGGAUGCACUUACUGGCCAUCUUCGCACUCAUGCAGUGUCUUCUCCAACUGUUGGGAAGCCAUAUAAGUGCAGCUAUUGUGGCCGUAGUUACAAGCAGCAAAGCACUCUGGAGGAGCACCGUGAGCGCUGUCAUAGCUACUUACAGAGUCUGGAUUCACAGCAGCCGACCAGUGCACCAAAUUCAGGAGAGGAAAUGAGAGAGCUAGAGUUUAUACCAGAUCCUCUACUGCAGCCAUCCUCAGACAAGAUGGCAUUUAUCGAUCGGCUCGCCAACAGCAUCACCAAACGCAAGAGAUCCACGCCACAAAAAUUUGUAGGUCAGAAGCACAUACGCCUCAACCUUGCAGAUACACCUUACGAGCUCACUGCUAGUUUGGAUAAAGAUGGAGACAUGCACCCAGUGGACCUUGAUGCCCCGCACUUUACUGGUCUGGGAGGAGAAUAUGUAGGUGUUGCAGGUACUGGAAGAGGAGGGGUAUCAGACACGCUCAGACCCUUACACCUUCCCACCAGUCACUCUUCAUGUUUAUCAGAACUCAGGCCGAUUCACAGCUCCAGUCAUGCUCCUGUUCCCCUUGGGCCAAGGUUAGAUUGCACAGGGGCAGGAGCUGGCCUGGGAGCUGUGGGUGUUGGGAGCAGGGAGGCAGCAGAGGGUCACGAAGACCUGCCUCCGGGUCGAAAUCACGCCCCUUCUCCUAGCAAUGGCUGCCAGGAUUCUACAGACACAGAAAGCAUGGCAGAUGAGCCUUGCAACAGCUGUGCUCCGACUCCGACUUUGCACAGUAACAACGGCCAUCACCUCCUCCACUCUAACAACCAUAACCCAGCACCUCCACCCAUCACACACCACAGGAGUCGGGGCCGACACAGCCCCAGUCAUGCCAAAGACCAGGAGGUGAAAAGAGAGGAUGGAGGCCAUUCUGCUCUCCCUCCUCCUACACAUGCUCCAACACCGAGCUCACCUACGGCACCCUCUUCUACCUCCAGGGAGACUUUUCGGGUUGUAGACGGGGAGGGGCGAGCUGUGCGUUCUUUCCGCUGCGAGCACUGCCGUGUGCUUUUCCUGGACCAUGUUAUGUUUACAAUCCACAUGGGCUGCCAUGGUUUUCGGCAGCCUUUUGAGUGCAACAUCUGUGGCCAUCGCAGCCAGGAUCGCUAUGAAUUUUCUUCGCACAUUGUCCGUGGAGAGCACAUCUUUGACUGAGGAUAAAAGGACAGCCUGCUGCCCUUAGAGGGUUUUUUGUUGUUGUUGUUGUUGUUGUUGUUUUUUAACACUGAAAAUGGGAUCUGGUUGAGUUUGGUCUGCACAAGAGUGAAAGGCAUCUGUGAUGGUGUGAAACUGAUGUUCCUAACGACACCAACACAGUUAGCAUUAGUGGAAAGCUCAUGUAUAUGUUUAAAGAAUUAGAGUAGUGCUCAUUAUUGCUUUCAGUCCACUUUUAACAACAAAUCUAUAUUAAAUUAUUAAAGUAGAUGAAGAGCCAACACUUUUUCAUCCACAGAUGUGCCUUGCUCCAAAAUUCAGAAUUUCAGCUCUGCUGCACACAUUAUUGUAGACAAAUCUGACUUUUGUUGCUGAAACCUUUGACCCCUUGGGCACUUUAGCAGAGAUGAAAGAAAAUGCUAAAUAUAAAGUUUGUAGGCUUGCAGUCCCUACAGAAUUUUUUGACACCUUCUAAAAAGCACUUUUUCCAAUUAAAUGAUUCUCAAACAGACUUUAGGUUCGGCCAGGUUUUUUCCUAGCCCGAGGUUGAUUCUGUACAAGUUUUUAUAAUGCAAAGUAAAGUGCAGACCAAACUUAAAAACCAAGUCCAAGUCAUCUAGACUUUAAUGUUUGAUGGGUUGUCAUUGGAAUAGAAAUGCACUUUGGUUUCAGUGGGAAUGGAGUGUGUGUGUGUGUGUGUGUGUGUGUGUGUGGAAAGCUGUGAGAUUGUGUGUUUGUUUUUGAAAGUAAAUUCAACACGUAAAAUGGAAAAUGAAGGCCUUUAUUUCUGUGAGUGAAUGCUGUGUUGAAGUGUGUGAAUUGUUUUCCUUUUCUAUGAUUGCUUUUGUUGCACUGAUACCUGCCAGAAUACAAUGAUUAUAUUAAACUAUUUUAUAGAUACAUUAAAGACCUGCACAUUUCUCUGAAAAUGUGAGAAAAAACAGGUGGAAUGUUUUUCUCACUAGGAACGGGAUUCGAGCAUCACUGCCACAACUUGAGAGAUUACUGAAGGAGGUUAAGUUGUUUGUUUUCUCCCAGUACAAAAACUCCCUCAUACUGCAAACCAACAAUAAUAAUCAACAAAUCUGCUUAUGCUGUAUUUAAACAUGAUUUUGGUGUUGCGUCAUUGUCCUGUGCCUUUCUACAUGUUUCUGACCAGACUGAAGGAUGUGAGAUAUAAAAUCAUUUCUGGCUUGUAGUUUGACUGUAGCUUUUUAAUCUGUCUAACAGAAGUCUGGCUCCCCCCACCACCCCCGACAGUUUUAUCAGCAAA